AUGGACGGCCGACAGGAAGGAAAGAAAUCGGAAGAUUUGCCGGUGAACAGCAGUCCGUAUACGCAAUACAAAGACUUGGAGGACUACAAGCAACAAGGAUAUGGCACUCAGGGUCACCAACAGCCGCAGCCUGGCCGUGGAGCAGCUGCCUCCACCGACGCCCCCACUUCAGGCGGUGGUACACUUCCUUCUCAACCGCAGAAGGGUAGUGAUCCCGCCGGAGCUCCGGCUACAGCCACCGAUACCGUCAACCAAUACGGCGUACCUUAAAAUAUGUUGGUUAUAUCAAAGCUUUGAUGUUUUUGCUUGUAUUGCAUAAGGAGUGAAUUCUAAUGAGCUGUUUAUCAAAUGCAUAUUUGGGCAAGCGCUUGCUAAGUCACGUUACCUUACUGGAUGAA